AUGGAGUACUUGAUGAAUGACCGGACACGAGGAAGCUCAGAUGAACAGAAGGGAUCUUGGUUGGUGCUGACAACGAAAUUCCCUUUUAAGUUGAGUGGAAAAGUGCUUCAGGUUCUGACCGUCAUAUUCCUGUACCAUGAUUUUUCUGUAAAGAACUUUGUUAAAGGUUUUCAGCUAUCUCUGUUAGAGCACUUCUAUUCUCAGCCCCUUAGUUUCCUGUGCUGUACACUGGAUGAAGCCAAUGGCAGGAUUCAGAAUCUUGCCCACGGUGAAUGUGAACUUAUCCGUCAAGUGCCAUCUUUUAUGAGAUAUGUUGAUUGUCAGGAUUCUGAGAAGCAGAUUGAACUUUUGACUAAUGAUCAAUAUUUAAAGGAUGAUGUACAGAAACUGCUGAAAGAUCUUCAUAUUUACCACGAGAAUUACUUCCCGGUUCUGAAAUGCCUUCAUGUUUUUACGUCGUCUCUUCCAAAAUACCCUUUAGGUAAACAGAUCAGGGAACUCUAUAUCACAUGUUUGGAGAAGAACAUAUGGGAAACUGAGGAAUACAGUUCUGCCUUCCAACUACUUGGAAUGAUGGCAAAUGAUGAGCUGGCGUGCCUGCUUCAGAAAUGUAUAGACAUGCUAAAGUCUUCCAUGCAACAAAAACCUCUCACUGACAUAAUGCAAAAGCUUGAAGAAUUCCUCUCAAAGUUUCAAAAACUGGAUGACAUUGCUCUUGAGAUGGAGGACAAAGAAGGUGACGAAGAUUACAAAACGUCACCAGAAAAAUCGCUACAGAAAAGGACUGACCUUUAUGAACUCCAAAAGACCUUGAUGGAAUUGAAAAAAUCAAGAAGAUCCAAAAAACUAAGCAGGUUUGAAGUACUGCGGAUGGAAGUUCUUGAAUUUACGGACAAACUUGUAAGGCAAUACCUUUUGCCACCUGAGACUCAGCCACUCCAUGAGGUUGUAUAUUUCAGUGCUGCCAGCACUAUUCGUAGACACUUAAAUGCUGCACCUCGCACUGCCUUGCAGACAGCUUUAAGUAAGCCAUACAACUAUCUACAGAAUGAAGCCUUGAGGAGCAAGGGAGGAGCCAUUAAUAAUACAGCUCCUGAUAUAUGUAUAGUCUAUAAACUUCACCUGGAGUGUGGACGAUUGAUUAACCUGUAUGACUGGUUGCAGGCAUUUGUCACUGUGGUUAGUGCCGCAGAAGGACAGGAUCCAGAUAAAAUGAGUAAUGGACAGGUGGAUCAAGUUCUACAUGCUCGUUUUAUUCGUGCUGUGUCUGAGCUGGAGUUUUUGGGCUUUAUUAAACCGACCAAACAGAAGACUGAUCACGUAACGAGACUGACGUGGGGUGGCUUCUGACCACAACCACCCCAACAUCCUUUGCCUUUCUCUGGACAUUUUGCACCAAAACUGGACAUCAUGCUACGAAUAUGUUUAUUUGGGAUUUCAUGUGUUACAGUACAAAAUGAGCAUUUACAAUGGCCAAUAAAAUAUCCAUUUCAUACA